GGGUUAGGUUUAGUUGGUAUCAACACUUCUGUCAACAAUCAGCAUCAACAAUUGCAUCAUCAGAGGACAUUGAAACAGUGUAGGUCUGACUUGGUAGGAUAUGUUCAGCAAUUAGUAGACAUAGAGAGAGAUAUCAGAAAGCAUAAGAAAAACAUUUGAUUAUUAACAAUCCGGGGAGGGUGUUAGUUUAGGGUUGAAGUUGCCUGGAGGUAUACUUUUAUUGGAGUUUUGUUUUUUUUUUCAAAGUAAAACGUUUUACUUUUUUCAUUUGUUAUAUUUGUUCACUGUACUUAGACAUUUACGUUUUUAUUUUUUCACCACUACGUUCUCACUGAUUGGCCGGGGAAGAAUCACGUGGUUUCACAGCGUUUUCCCGUGUCGUCCAUUUUGCCUCAAACUAACCCAAAUUUAAAAGGCAUUCAACUAUGUCGCACACAUUAAACACCAAUAAUAGAAGACGCGUAUUGAACGUAGAGGGACAUUUGUGUCAAUAAUGGCCUUUUAAGUCAACAUUUACUUCAUCAGUCGUUUCAUGUCGUGAACCAUAAACCCGGAAGUGCGACGUCACACGUCAACAACAAACCCGGAAGUGAAACGUCACACGUAAACAGCCACAACAAAGAUGGUGUACGUGUCUAACGGCCAGGUCCUGGACAGCAGGAGCAGGUCACCAUGGCGACUGUCCCUACUGGUCGACCUGUUUUGGGGAGCUGUGGAGUUUUUAGGCCUGUUUUUUAAAACAAUAAUACACCCGGACCUGACAAGAAACGGCAAUAGCGGAGGCUUGUCAGGGUUUUCUGAUGGCAGAGGCCCUCCGGGUCCCCCUGGUGGUCGAAAGCGCAUGGGAAGAAUCAACUUUGGCGGUGGACCCAGUCCUCCACCGAUGGGCGGAGGGGGAUGAGGAAGGUGA